AUGCGGGGCUCGGCUCCCCCGCCCUCCCGCGCCGGGCAGCCUCGGGGCGGGGGCGGGGGGCGGCGCCGGCGAGGCUCCCCGCGCCCGGGGAGAGGGGGCCAGCCUAAGCCCAGGGCUCAAGGGUCUGCGGUCUGGGCCGACUCGGGACCCGGGCGCGGCGGAGGCUCCCGGUCCGCCGGCCCUGCGCCAUUCCCGGGGAGCCGCGCGGGCCGCUGGGGAGCAGGGCGGGCCGGGGGCGGGUGGAGAACCGGGAAUCGCGGGGCGGCUGAGCCCGGGAUUCUGCAGCCGAAGCGCGCUCGGCCGAGCGAGCGGGCGAGGGAGCGCGCACGGAGCGCGGGACGGAGCGCCGGGCGGACGGACCGACGGCCGGCCGCCCCCGCACACGCAGACGCACAGAGCUCGGCGCGGCCCCCGUCACACACACAGACAUUCGCGCAGACACACACAGGGACACACGCAGACACGCGCACACUCGGGCGCGCACAUCCUCCCGCCAGCCUGCCGGCGCGACCGCCUGCUCCCGGGACCCGCUCGGACCGGAGUGAGAGAGAGAACCGUGCUGCUGAUGACUCCGAGGGAGGGGCCCCGGACAUGUGCUGCAGUGAGAGGCUGCCGGGUCUCCCCCAGCCGGUAGUGGCAGAGGCGCCAAACAAGGCUGAAGGGCUCCCGGAUUCGGACUUGCGAAGAGAGAUGCCACCACCCCCACCUCCUUCCCAGCUCUCAGAGCCAGCUCGGAAGCCACCACCCCGAGUCACCUGGAGCGACUCCCUUAUUCUGUGGGGCAGCCUGUGCCUGUUUGCUGUUUCACAUUUCCUGCUUGCCUUUGGGAUACUCUGGUACAGCGGCUUCGGCUACGUCUGGUUCAAGAAUGCCACCAACGUCAUCUCCUCCUUCCUCCCCUUCCUAGGACCCACGGCCUGGCUGGGGAUGGAGACCUGGGGGGUCCCCAGUCUGCUGCUGGUUUCGCUGUCUGUAGGCCUGGUCCUGGCCACCACCCUGGUGUGGUACCUCCUGAGGGCUCCCCCAGAGCCCCCCACCCCACUGCCCCCUGAGGACAGACGCCAGUCAGUGAGCCGCCAGCCCUCCUUUACCUACUCGGAGUGGAUGGAGGAAAAGGCCGAGGAUGACUUCCUGGACCUGGACCCCGUUCCGGAGACCCCCGUGUUUGACUGCGUGAUGGACAUCAAGCCUGAGGCCGACCCCGCCUCGCUGACCGUCAAGUCCAUGGGUCUGCAGGAGAGGAGGGGCUCCAACGUCUCCCUGACCCUGGACAUGUGCACGCCGGGCUGCAAUGAGGAAGGCUUCGGCUACGUCAUGUCCCCCCGAGAGGAGUCGGCGCGAGAAUACCUGCUCAGCGCCUCCCGAGUCCUGCGAGCCAAGGAGCUCCACGAAAAAGCCCUGGACCCCUUCCUGCUGCAGGCUGAAUUCUUCGAGAUCCCCAUGAAUUUUGUGGAUCCCAAAGAAUACGACAUCCCUGGGCUGGUGCGGAAGAACCGAUACAGAACCAUCCUUCCCAACCCUCACAGCAGGGUGUGCCUGAACUCGCCAGACCCUGACGACCCCCUGAUUUCCUACAUCAAUGCCAACUACAUCCGGGGCUAUGGUGGGGAGGAGAAGGUGUACAUCGCCACUCAGGGACCCAUCGUGGGCACCGUGGGCGACUUCUGGCGUAUGGUGUGGCAGGAGCACACCCCCAUCAUCGUCAUGAUCACCAACAUCGAGGAGAUGAACGAGAAGUGCACCGAGUACUGGCCAGAGGAGCAGGUGGCGUAUGACGACUUGGAGGUGACCGUGCGGGAGGUCAGACACACGGAGGAUUACCGGCUUCGGCUCAUCUCCCUCAGGAGCGGUGCUGAAGAGCGAGGCCUGAAGCAUUACUGGUUCACAUCCUGGCCGGACCAGAAGACCCCAGACCGCGCCCCCCCACUCCUGCACCUGGUGCAGGAGGUGGAGGAGGCAGCCCAGCAGGAGGGACCCCACUGUGCCCCUAUCAUCGUCCACUGCAGUGCCGGCAUUGGUAGGACUGGAUGCUUCAUCGCCACCAGUAUCUGCUGCCAGCAGCUGCGGCAAGAGGGCGUGGUGGACAUCCUGAAGACCACGUGCCAGCUCCGCCAGGACAGGGGCGGCAUGAUCCAGACGUGUGAGCAGUACCAGUUCGUGCACCAUGUCAUGAGCCUCUAUGAAAAGCAGCUGUCCCGCCAGGCCCAGGAGUGACCGCUCCCCCUCCCCUCAGUGUCUUCUGGGCCUUCCCCUCGGCCCUCCUCACCCAACACCCCAGCUCAGGCCACCAACCCCCACCCCAGGCCUGCUCCCUGUCCCCUCCCUCCCGCUUCCUCCCUCCUCUGUCCACCUUGGCCUGGCCCCCACCCCCCCAUUGUCGCUCUUCCUAUUGUAAAUAUUGGGGGGAGGGGGGAGGAACGUGCCAGGCCAGGCCUGGGGCCCUGGGGCCUGACCCGCACCAUGAAGACGGGGGGGCCUCAGUUUUUAACCGUAGCUUCACCGCAACUUGACUCCCACUUGCCCGUGUCCAUGCCCGAGCCAAGCGUCCUGCCGCUGUGUUGUCUGACCAUCCAUCUCUCCUGUGUGUACCGGACACUGUGUCUCCUGGGCCGGCCGGGACAGGGUGAUGCACUACAGCCUGCGCCGCCCAGGCAGAGGGGCCCACCCCCUCCACGUCUCCCCAGCUCUCUGGACCAGGUGGGGCCAGAGAAUGGGCCCUGAGUACCUGGAGCCCACACUUAGGGAGCCCUGGAGGGUCUGGCUGAGAAGCCCCAACUGAGGGAGAGAGGCCUCUGGGUUGGGGGGCAUCCCCUCCAGGCAGGCCUGGGUGUCAGGUGCCUCAGCCUCUGGAGCAUUGGAGGAGGAAGGAGCAGGUGGGGGCUCUGGGCCCUAGUGGGGGCACGGGAAGGGAACCCCAAGGGGGUGGGGUGGGGACUUGGUCCAGAUCUGUGUGAAACCUUGUUCUGUGUCGCCGUGGGAACACGCUCCCCAAAGUCCUGCUAUGUGUGGCUCUGCGUGUGUCCCGUGUCCACGCAUGUGUUGACAGCCCCUCCACGGGGCCUGCAUGACUCUGGCAACAUGUUCUCCUGGAGCCACGUGUUUUUAUUGCUGACUUUAAAUAUUUAUCCCCCGGCAGACAGAGACGUGGGGUGUCUUUUUAUAAUUCGCUCGUGGUCAUUGAAUAGAGCAAUAAACGGAGCAUUUUGAGCAAAA